GGUUAAAAAGUUGUAUCCUCUCAGGGAAGCAGUAGCCUAUUGUGGGUUUCUUGCAGCAGCAACUCCAACCAGUAAUGAGCAGAUGACACCAGUUAAACAGUGUCUGGCAGACAACAUCAUCACAGUGGCAACACUGCACAAGCAACAUCAAAGAGCAGGGGACUUUUGUGUUCCUGAGACAGUGGGAAACAUGCCCAGUAUCUCAGCUGCCAAAGUGGAUGCAGUUUCUACAUAGAUCUCUGUAGAUCUUGUAACCAUGUCUGUUAGCGCAACGGAGAGUGAUCCUCCUAGAUUCUUCGUGGGUGGAGAGGAUGGAGAAGAAUUAUUGGAUUCAGCCAGAUCUACAGAUUAUGAACACUUCUAUGACCAUGGGGAAGAAGAAGAGGAAGAGUAUGACUCUCCACCAGAAAGACAAAUCGCAGUUGGGAUUUGUUCAAUGGCUAAGAAAUCUAAGUCCAAACCAAUGAAAGAAAUACUUGAACGCCUCUCCAUGUUUAAGUACAUAACUGUGGUAAUAUUUGAAGAGGACGUUAUUUUGAAUGAGCCAGUAGAAAACUGGCCUUUAUGUGACUGUCUCAUCUCUUUUCAUUCUAAAGGAUUUCCACUGGACAAAGCAGUUGCCUAUGCAAAACUCAGGAAUCCAUUCAUAAUCAAUGACUUGAAUAUGCAGUAUCACAUACAAGACAGGAGAGAAGUGUAUGGUAUUCUUAAAGCUGAAGGCAUUUUACUUCCUCGCUAUGCAGUUCUGAACCGUGAUCCAAACAAUCCCCAAG